GCUUGAAAUACUGAAAAAUGAAAGUCUAAACAUGAACGAAAUAAUUUCAAAAAUAUGCUUUAUUUCAAAAUUUGCUCUAUUUUGUUUCUUGCCAAUAUUUCUAAAAUUUCCAAUAGCUGACGCCAAUGGAGUUGUGUAUUUUCAAGAUUUUGUUCCAUCCGUCAUAGACAGACACAUCAAGUCAUCGAGACAUCUGCCUGUUUGCAUUUUGCUUAGAGAAACUGCUAAGAAAGGAUCUAAAUUGGAGAAACAAAUCUACACUCUCUGGAAAAAUGAUUCCAAUAGUUAUAAAGACUGGCAGUUCGGAUCAUAUUCAUUUGACAAAAAUGAAAUGGUCAGGGAGAAGAGGCCUGACUUUAUGCCAGCAGUGAAGUGUUACCUGGGCCAGUCAUCCUCUUACCUGUAUGAAGGAGAAGCCAAGAGGUCUCUCAUCCACCAGUGGCUCAGUAAACUGGUUGAUAAGCAUGCUGAACAGCUGCAGGAUGCUACUCCAGACCUCAUUCAUACAGCCAUAAACACACACAAUGUGACCAUCCUGGCUUUUCCAGAUCAUCACAACCACCACCAUGUGGAAGAAAAGGUGUUCCAGCUGAGUGAGACUACUCCAAGCUGUAAAGCUUUUGUUGUUCACCCAUAUUCCAUUCAUGCAAGUGAACUUAAAGAGAUUUACGAGGUGCCAGAUAUACCAUCUAUUCUAGUAAUAACAAAAGACAGCAAAAAUAGGACCAUGUCCCGCUUGUUUUCAAGGCAGCACAUCCAAACUAAGAUGCUUGACGUCCACCUCCAAGCCCUACAGAUCGACUCUACAAAACUUUACAGUGAGGAGGACUUUGAGAAGAAUGUGAUGACCUUACGAGGGACACGCUACAUCCCUAAACUGAUUGUUUUCUAUGCCUAUUGGGGAGGGAAUGUGGAGGCUUACCUGUCAGCGUUUAAGAGGAGUGUGGAGGAAUUUACAGAGCUCGGGGUUGCCUUGGAGUUCGGAUUAGUUGAUCUCGCCCAGGAACCUGGCAAGAAAUUGGUUUCCAAAUGGAUUAGAAGUGAGGUUGCCAGAAAUGUUCCAUUCACCAUACUGUUCCAUACAGAUGUGAGGAAUGACUACCUAGUACAGCAUGGACUGCUUGGUGAGCGCCCCACCCCCUCCUCUCUGUAUCAGCUGUUCCUGACCGCAUCAGUCAAUGUCACCUACCAGGACGGCAGGGUGUUCAGCGAUUACCUCCCUUAUGGCCAAACAGAUCCUUUACAGUAUUCAUCCUGGGAUGAGGGGCCAAAAGGUCAGCUCUGUCACCCCUGGUCCCACAACAAGACGGACAGUGACCCCACCCCCAGGAUGGUCCCCAAGAAGAAGGGGACAAAAUCUAAACAAGUCCCUGCCAAGAAACACUCAACUCAACAGAGCUGGCAUGACAGGCAUGGAUCUGAAAUUAUUGACAGGAAACUAAAGAAGUUCCAUGGACUUCCUCUUCUAACUCAUGAAAUGUGGUCAGAAGUGAUAGAAAAAUCCCACGCUCCAUCGCACCCUUUGUUGGGAGGAAAAGAGUGGGCAGGGGAGGUCACCAAAGUAGCCCUGGUUGUGUUUGUAAAGGCUGACUGCCGAAGCUGCACAAACAGCCUGGAGACUUUGGUCAAAGUCAACAAAGCUCUUCACUUUUUGGAGGGUGGCUCUUUGUACCUGGUGAACUGUACGACCGAGAGGGAGCUGUGUACAGCACACAAAAUCCGGGGAUACCCUUACAUCACAGCGUUCCGGGGGCAGGGCUGGCUGGGUCACUCCCACUGUGUGUCCCAAAACAGUGAGCACCUGCCCUACACACGCACCGACUACCAUGGGGUUAUUCAGGAGAAAGAAAUUAUGAAAUGGUUUGGAAAAGUAGCAGAAUCAUCCAUCAGAAAUCUUAUGUUUGAAAAUCCUGACACAAACAUGGAAGAAGAUGUGAGACUGAUUGGCACGCUGAUACCCAGGUACUCCCGAUUCCUGCCCCGCCCCCCUCGCUCGAAGAACCAGGAGUAUUACUUCUCCUACCAGUGCUUCCGACUCGUGUGUGAGAGGCUGUUUGGUAGAGCGGCCUGUUACUCUGUGUAUAGCACAGAAAUCCCAGCCAGGGAAUAUAAGGACCCUCACCUAGAGCUUGUUGUGACCAAGGUUUGGAUGAAGAGGAGAGACGGAGCGGAUGCAGUGAUCACUCAGCUGGGCAAGUCCCUAGCCUCCCUGCUGGAGGAACAGGAAGGGUCCGCCAUCCACAGAUUCCACUCCAAACACAGGUAUAACUUUGGUCCUAACCUGAAGUGUGAAGAUGACCACGGUCUCUGUACAGACUUCAUCACUUCCUUCACCAAGGACCAUGCCCGGCUCCCUGUCACACACAUCACCUCUGACGCCUUUCACACCGACCUAAGGUCAGAAAAUGAAGAACUUCCUGUAUUGAUCGCUCUAGUACAUCAGGAAAACAUCACAGAUAAUUCAGAUUUUCUACAGACCCUUCACGCUGUAGCCCGUGAGUUGUAUGACCGCCUCGUGGUCACCACUUUAGAUGUCAGCCAGUACCCUGCGUGGGCGGGGCAAUUUGUCCCCGCAAAUUACAAAUCAAUCCUCAUUGCAGAGGAUCGAGAUGUUGAGGGAAUGUACUCAUUUCCCAGAAUGUGUAUUGUGCUUAGACAUGACCACAGAAAAGCUAUCUUCUAUCCACCUCUUGGCAAAACCAGAAAAACUACAAAAUGGUUCCAGAAAGACAUUAUGAAGAAGUUUCUUGAAAAAUUUCUAAUAAGUCCUGAAAAGUACAUGAUUCAAACAGAACAUUUUUAGACACAGAGAGAGAGAGAGAGAGAGAGAGAGAGAGAGAGAGAGAGAGAGAGAGAUGAAACUAUUUUUUUUAUACACAGUAACUGUAAAGUAAACUUUUUCAGUCUUUUGCUACUAAAGUUUAUAUAUAAUUUUUUUUAUAUUUAUUUAUAGUACUAUAAUAUUUUUUCUCUGUUUAUGAAUACUUGUGUAUUUCUAUUUUUUAGUAGAUAAUUGAUAUUUAAUUCUAUAAUGUACUUAUGAUUGUCUUCAGACCACAACUGAUCUUAUGAAUAUAUCUGCAUGUAUGAUCUGUAAUUGUGAUUAUGAUAUCUUUAUCACUAGAGCUGUGAGCAAUGUUUAAUCCGUCCAACUGUUUUUUUAUUAUCUAUGUUUCGUAUAAUUUCAUAACCGUCCUAAUAUUGAUUAUGUACUUGUAUGUACAAUAUGUUAUAAUGUAUUGUUAUUUAUUUUUUUAUGUAUGUAAUGAAUUCUAACAAGAACAGCUGGCUGUUCUUAGAUCUCAGAUAAAACUAAUUAAAUUGUAAAAUAUCUCAAGAA